AUGGACUCACAGCCCUCUCAUAUAACCGAAGAUGAAGCUGCUUUGUAUGAUAGACAGAUAAGACUAUGGGGUUUGGAAGCUCAACAACAUGGAAUAAGAGGAUUAAGUAAUGAAAUAUGCAAGAACCUCGUAUUGGCCGGUGUUGGUUCUAUUACGAUCAUUGACCAUAACGUCGUAGCCAUAGAAGAUUUGGGGGCACAAUUCCUAAUAACCGAGCAAGACGUUGGAAAGAAUAGGGCAUUGGCUUCAGCUGAUCGUGUUCGACAUCUGAACCCUCGUGUAGUCGUGAAAACUGAUACGAAUGAUAUACGCGAGAAACCUGAGGAAUUUUUCAUGAACUUUGAUUUAAUCUGUCUCACAGACAGUGACCUUGACACUAUGGUAGGACUAGAUCCUUGGGCAUUUUUCAUCAUCAUCAGGGUGAGAAAAACUCCAAAACCAAAUAAGGACGAACCUGAAAUAGAGCGGAUAAUGAAAUGUGAGGAAUAUGUGAGUUUAGAAGCUGCUUUAUCAAAAAAUGAUUGGAAUCAAAUUCCUGAGAAGAAACUAAAAAAAGUUUCUUAUGUGCUUUGGGGAGUGCUAAUCUUAUGGAAAUUUCAACAAGAAGAAAAUAGAUUACCCAUAAAUAACGAAGAUGAUAUAAGAAAAUUAAAAUCACUGAGAGAUUCAUUAAUAACCUCGAACGGAAUCAAAGUGUCAACUAUCUCUGAUGAAUUCCUUGUAAUGCUCUCCUUGAAUGCACGAGCUGAAUUAUCACCCGUUUGUGCUAUCAUGGGAGGUUUAUUAGCUCAGGAUAUUCUGAAUGCGUUAUCACGUAGGGAAUUACCCAUCAAUAAUCUCUUUAUUUACAACGGUCAUGUAGGCAAGUAA